GGUUGCGGAAAGGAUAUAAAGACUGAAGGACGUCCGAUGGAUGAUGGCUCAACAAACACCUAAACAGCUACGAGAUGUUCCUGAACUUCGCAACAAUUAGCCUCAUCGUGACCCUCCUUUCGUUCACCGCCUCUGUCACAGCCCAUCCCACCGCCAAAGCCGAGCCCCUCAGGCCGGUCGAAAACCCGGCAUUCGCUGGUGCGAUCCUCAGUGAUUCCGAUUAUGAAUAUGUUACCUCGACCUUCGCUAUUCCGGACCUUCACUCGACCGAUCCGCACAGCGUCCAGCACUUGAAGGCAUUAGUUGGCCUUCACUGCCUUAGUACUGUCUCCGUAUUUGUCAGUUUUGAGAUUCCUCCCAAUGGGACUGUUAAAGCCAUGUGUGUUGAUUACUUUUUGGUCAUCGUUACUGUAUCAGGGGCGGAUUCCUGGCUAGAACCCAUUUCCCCGGAAAUAUACUUCAACGCCGGGGAUGUAGCUAGGAUAUCCAUAGAAAUGAAGGGCACUGGAUACGUCGCAACUAUCGAGAAUUUAACCAAGAAGACUAAAGCGGAAACGAGCGGCACUCCCUCGAGCUCUGGCCAACCUGCCGCCUGCCUCAACAAUGUACGCGCUGCGAUAUGGGGUAUCGAUGAAUCCGGCGACAAUCCUUUUGUGGAGUUCAGCAGUAUCGAGUUCUACGACACGCACGCUCGUGCCGCAGGAGGAUCAACGCCGGUUGGUCCGAGCGGAGCGACCAUUUAUAACAUCACUGCAGCUAACGGGGCAAUCCUUACUUCCACUACCAUCACCCCUUCCACUGUGACCAUUUCGUAUCGCUCAGGCUACUCAGAUCUUUCAGCAGAACUGGGAUACUGAUACUGCCAAUGUUGGAAAUUACCAUGGCUAACUAUGCUGGUCAUGAUUGAUUCUUAAACGUAGUAUCGAUGCGAUCUGAUGCCAUUCCUCUUUAUUCUCUUUGACUGAUGGGUUUCUGUUGGCUGGUCUGACAUGCACACGAACGGAGCUUGUUACAACUUCUUUCCCACCAGUCUGACGAUAUCCCUCUUGUUUGUUUCUCGACAAGUCAUUACAUUUCCAUUCCAAAUGCAGUACACGUCCGUACAAGCGAACGAAUUACAAUCCCAGUUUUCAUUCACAAGUUUGAAUAC